AUGCUUGUUCGAUUAGUCAGUGCUGUUCUCCAACGUUUCCUGGGUCAUUAUGUGGAAAAUCUUGAUACCGAACGUCUUUCCUAUAGCCUUGGCUACUCUGGUAAUGUUGUACUCACAGAUCUUUGCCUUAAACCGGAUGCUCUUAACAACAUUCUGGGCACUCCUCUUCGCCUUUCCUCUGGUCGUAUAGCUCGAGUCCAAUUAAUUAUUCCCUUAACUCAGCUGAGAUCUCAGCCCUGGAGUAUCAUUGUGGAAGAUGCCGAAAUUAUAAUCAAUCCCUACGAUGCCCGGCAAAACACGGAAUGCGAUUCUUACAGUUCAAAUACUUCUGGAUGCUCUAAAGAACCCGCACAUGAAUCUCGAAAGGCGUAUUUACAACGCCUGGAGUCGCGUUGGUGGCAGCUUGUCCGAGAAGGUGGGCUGGUUGACGCUGUUACUACGUCUCCUAAUGAUUCAUCGUGGUGGUCUUAUGGUGUCUCUCUUGUCUAUGGAAUUGUCAGUAACCUUCAGGUUGAGAUUCGCAAUGUGCACUUUGCUUUUGUGGAUGAUGGAAAUAUAAUUGGAGAGAGCUUAACUUGGGGAAUGCGCCUGUCAAAGAUGACAGUUCAAGCGACUGAUGAAUCUUGGAAUCCAUCAGGCCGUUCCUCUAACCAGCAAAUCGAAUUCAAGUCUAUUGAUGUGGUGGGUCUCUCUGUAUACUAUUAUGACAUACCAGCUCAUGAUUCAUUAUCCGUCCCCCAAGAGCGCUUCCUCAUCCCACCAAGCCAGUUCUCCGUCCAUCUUCUACGUAGAUCCACUCCAGAGCCUCUCACUAGUGAGACGACUCCACGAAUUGAAGUAGAAGCUCAAUUAACAUCUCUCCGCGUCGACUUCUCCCUUGGAGUGCUUGCAUACGCUCAUCAACUAACAGAUUUUCUCAAACAGAAGGCUAUCCCUCCGCAUCGACCCAAAACUAGACCUAAUCAACAACCCGCAGCCUGGUGGAGAUAUGCGGCUGGCGAAGUAGUUCCAGCUUUACGUCGCUAUCACACACAAUGGCCUUCUGACCUUGGCUUGCAGUACCUGGCAGAGGCAGCAACGCAAAAUAAUCAAUAUGUUCGGGCCUAUCAAGCUCACCUUUUGCGAGGUCUCGGACUCCCGGAUGAAGAUGAUUUAGUUAGCAUCGGUGUUGAGCAUCAGGAGAUAGAGAAGUCUAUGUCACUCGAUCGAGUGACUUUGCUUCGUCAAGUUGCUAUGCAACGAGCUGCUAGAUUGUUGAAACAACGUCGACCCACUUUGAAUAAGGAGGUUCAAGAUCAAUCUCCAACUGUUCCUACUCAACCAUCUCAAUCUUGGUGGCCUUCUUUCCUAUCGUCUUCCUCUACUACAGAAUCCACUGAACCAAAGUCACCAGAUGAAGCUGAAGCUCCAAAGCCCUGGCGUCUCUGGUGGUGGUUCUCAGCAGCUCCUGCUGCUGUCACUAAGGGUGAUAUCUCUGAGGCCUCAGAUCUUCAAGCAGAAGCCUCUCCUAGUUCUUCUGAAGCAGCUCUUAUGCUCUUAAAUGAACUUGUGGCGGCUAGAGAUGUUGGCCAGGUUCUCACGCGUGACCGUCUCUUUUGUCGGAUUACUGCUCGAGUGGAUCAAUUCCAACUCUGCUUGAUGGAAGAUGCUAAUCUAAAUGUUUGCAGCCUGCAUGCAGACAACCUACAGUUACGUGUUGAGACCAGACCGCGAGAGGAAUCAUUGCACUUCAAUGCUCGUCUUCACUCUCUUCUGCUCAGGGAUGAUCGCUCUCGGGUGGAUAGUCAGGGCCGUAAUCAAUUACCACUCUUCCCCAACGUUAUAUCACCCUUACCACAAACUGUCUUGGAGUCUUCCUCUCCUACAAAAAGUGAUCUAUUUCGUUUGGAUUAUAUCACAUCGCGGUCUGAUAAUGACCCGAAUUUGAAUUCAAAUCCUCCCGCAAGCUUGAACAUUCGCACAGAUCCUCUUCGAGUUAUCUGCCAACCUGAGCUCUUCCUAUAUGUCAUGCGCUUCCUUUCCUCUGCUUCCAAACCUAAGUCUAGCCAACGUACUCGAGCUGAUUCUAGUGCUUAUAACACGCUCAAAUCCCAAACCAAGGCGAAUCUUCGAGCGGCACUACAUACCGUUGAAAAGGUCGACGAAGAAAGCCCUCUAGCAGUAUCUUCUUAUAUCCCUUCAAAAUCAGUAUCUUCCGAUCCCUCAAGUUCCAAGCACCUUUCUUCAGGAUCAAUUGCUAUGGGUGCAAGACCUAGUGGACUUUGCGUUCAUCUAGAUAUUGCAGCUCCACGAAUUCUUCUACCUGAACGUCUUUGGCCUGCCUCUGGUGAAGAAUCUAACCCAACACCGCAUCUGCUUGGAGUUAUUUGCGAUCUUGGACGCUUUAGGCUAUCGAAUUGGGAACCGACUGAAGAAAAGGAAGGAAAUAUUGUCAAAGUUUCGUCUUUAUCCGAUCAGCAUGCACAACCAAUAAACAAAGAAAAGGAUCCAAUGACUAACAAUGCUUCAGAAGAUAGCGAAGAAUCAGAAGCUUUUGCAACUCCUUGUGGUACGCCUGAUGGUUCCGAUUUAGAACCUUCCCCACUGCAUCAAGGCUCUGCACGUCGCCGCCGCCUUAAGCGAAAUCGUCAGCAUCGCCUCUACGAAACUUACCUUCUAGAACUAGAUGAAUUCCGCAUUCUCGCUGGCAGACUUGAUGAACUCCAGGUAUCUGGACUUUGGCCAGAUCUCCUUCCAUCUCACUCAUCCUUCAAUAUCGAAGACGGUCUUCGCAUAACUCAAAUUGCCUCUCAAGUCAAUCUUGUGGAUCGUUUUAGCCUAGCCAUAUGGAUCACCCGCCGGGUGGUUUCUAUGGCUUCUCUUCGAGCUGCUAAUUCAACACUUCCUUCGCCUCCUCCCACAAUUCCAGCCGAUCUUCCUGGCCUCUUAAUCUGCGUUGAGCAGAGGCAUUGUGUUUUGCGUCUUUCUGACUCUCGUCUCUCUGCUCUUUGUCGUUGUGUUGGAGCAGUUACUUCUAUUGCGUCUUCGACAUCUGAUGAGAUAAGCGAAUCUUCUGAUCAAGCUAUAGAGUCUAUGGAAUCUCCUCCUCGCUCUAGUCUUGUCAUGAAUCAUUCUCUACGUUUUAAAGGACUAGCUACUAAAUCACCUUCAAAACUUCGUCGAACAAUUGUUGUUACCUUCAGCAUGCAGGAGUUAAUCCUUCAGCUUGACGCAAGAGGUCGACCUCUAGCUGAAUUCAGACUGGUAUCAACGGCAGCCAGAUUCAAUAGGUUUACAAAUUCAGAACAUUCAAAGACCACUUAUGAUGUUUGUCUGCAGGUUCAUAGUCUCACUGUAGCAGAUGCUCUUUGUGGACUGGGUGGUGAUUUCGAUCUUCUUGCUGCUUCACAUCGUGACGUUCGAUUGGAUACCCUAUCCGGUAGUUUAAGUGUCACAAGUCCAAGCGGCAGAAACGGUACACCUCCUCUCUAUCAUUCAGUAAGUAGCAGUGGAAAUAAAACAUCAGGCAGAAUUGUUGUUUCCCGUCCCUUCUACGAUCCAAUUGAAGGGGAAUGUGAUGAAGAUGCCUCUACUGCUCUGAUUCGGGUAAAGUAUUUGCAGACAAAGACCGCGAAGAAAUUGAAUCGAAAUAUUGACGUCAAGUUUCGUCAUUUAGAUCUCCUUGGCAAUUUAAACACACUGAUCGAACUGAUCUCCUUUGUUCGCUAUGUUGUGCCUUAUUCUGAAUCUGAAAACAAAUCCUCAGGAACUACGAAAUCCUCAAACAAAACUGUUGACGUUGAAAAUGCAACGAGCAGUGAUGACGAAACUAGUAGUAGUGAAAAUCUUGAAAUGUCAAUCAGUGUCGAGCGACUCAGUCUUGUGCUAAUUCGUGUUAAAAUGCCAAACGCGGAUGAAAAUGCGGAAGAAUGUUUCGGGAACGAACGAUUAAAGACGGCUUCUGCUGAGCGUUUGGCCACAAUCACCCUUCUUGGUGCCAAUUUCCAGUCUCGUGAAAAUUACAAAGAUUUGCGAGUAAGCCUUGCAGGUCUUCAAGUUCUGGAUCUGAUUGACGUUGAAAAGCCUUCAAGUAGUGGUGUUCGACACCGCCACAUAUUUGUUGCGGGUCGUUGCCUUGAUCCCGAAAUCUCCGACGUAGCUCUCACAUGGUCUGGAGCUAAAUCUGUCUUCAGUCUCAUUGCUCAUCGACAGCCUACUGCGGGGUAUCAUGUGGAGUUGGACGUUACUAGCCCAGUCUACGUUCACAAUCCCCGAGCAUUGCACGAGAUCUCCUCGUGGUUAUCCAAUCUCUACCGCUGGAAUGUCGUUGUUGACGCUCUUGCUCGUAAAAUAGCUGACUCUGCGAUGUCAGUGGAGAAUUUGAAACGACAAAAGGAGAAAUCGAAGACCACAUCCAGCCUGACUUCUCUUCACGCAGUUUUUGAACAGCCUGUUGUUGUCUUUCCUGCUGGCCCCACUUCUCCCAAGGUUCUAAUAGGUCGACUUGGUCGAUUGACACUACGAAGUGACAACUCUGAGCUAAAUUCUCCACUCAGCAUGGUCCAAUUAAUUAUUUCUCGAGCCUCGUUGGCUGCAUUUGAUAUUAAAGUUGGAGUUCCACGUGUGAGGGGAACUUCAGAAGUUGUUCAGGCCAUGUUAAUACUUGCUCACUAUCUUCGACUAAUUCCUUCAAUUGAAGAGCACUGUGUUCUUGAAGAUAUUUCUGCUGAUUUAUUGUUGAAGCGUGAAGUUCUCCACAAACACUCCGAAAACGAGACGAAUUCGCAGCCAAUUUCCUGGCCAGAGGAUUUCGAUUCUUCUGAAUUGGUAUUUCCUUUCAACGAAGAGGUUAUUUCAGAAGUGCGAACAAAUUCAGAAAGUGCAUCUGAGUCAUGGUUAACUGUUUCGGUCUGCCUUACCCAGCCACUCCAUGUUCGUUUAUCUAAAAAAGUGUACUGCCAAUUGCUACAGACAUUAGAUAAUUUGGCAUACUCAGGAGAGACUUUAAUAAAAACUACUCAUUCUGAAGAAGUAAGUGAAUCAGAUUGCACGUCGACGGACACUGCAUCUGGCGUUUCUACAUCAUCGCAAUGUUUAGCAAUGCGUUUCCGAAUGCCUCGUCUUGUUGUGGAAACUUUCACGGAAAUGAGUGGCGAACGACGUUCACUUGGACUCACUAGAUUUACUCUUUCCGAAUUCUUUAUUGCUGCUUCCAUGAGAGGCCCUGUUGGGUUGACUCACAUUGAAGCCACGAUAGCAUCACUUCUUCUUGAAAAUCUAUUACCUGAUUAUAAGGAAGAAAAUCGAUAUCUACUUUUUUCUCACUUGCCCAAAAAAUCAGAAGUUGUUACUUGUCGUAGACGCCCAAGAGUUGAUUCCUGUCCAAUUCUUAGCAAAAACGAUUGCCAACCUUCAUUUCUCGACAGUCUCUAUGGUAGACAUUCUAGGAAAUGGAAUCGGCCUAGUCUUAGCUUCAGUGAAAAACAUGGUGGUCGUUCUCGAACAAAUAAAAGCGCACGACAUAGUUCAACUGAAAGUGGUCAAGGGAACCGAGGAUCUGGAGGAAGCGAAAUCGAUUCAAACAGCAUGGAUCAGUUUGUCAAGCUUCGUGUCCUUAUUGUGGAUAAGAAUAAUCCUCUGUUUAAUUCGAAAUACCGAUCGACUAGUCGAUUCGUAGAUGUGGCUUUCUCAUCUCUAACUUGCUACCUCAGUCUACAUCCCUGGGUGUUGCUUCUGGAUUUUCUUGGCCUCGGGUCUCCUAUCACUGCAUGUGAUGACUUCGACAGUACUUCAGUUGCCAGCAGAUCUACUUGUCUUUCAAAUUCUGAUACCAGUGAGCAUCUCUCGAAUGAAGAUUUGUGCCGAGAUAUGGUGACAUUGACAAGUCUCAGUGUCUCCACUUUCUCCCUUCUCCUCGAUACUGUUUCAUCUGAGGCUUCCCCACUUCUUCGGGCCUCUGCCAGCCAACUACGAGUUUGCUUGACCAAUUACCGUCGUUCGAUCGAAGCUGGUGGUGAUUGGAUGCAUCUUGCUGGGAAUUUAGCUGCGAUAUCUGUACAUGAUCUAACAGCAAAAGGGAGUCGUCUAUACUCUCGACGUUUUCUUACAAACUCUGUCGAUGGUAAAAAUGGAGAGGGUGAUUAUCUCAUUUUCGCGCUGACAAAGUACCAACUUCCUGAUGCGGAAGUUAAUCGCAGAUCCGAGGAUGGAAUAUUGGAGCUUCAGUUGGGUCCCGCGUACUACAUUCACACUCAAGAGUUCCUUACAACUGCUAUAGAUACUUUAGAUAGAUUUCAACAAUACCAGGACCUCAUGAAUAGGGUUCGUCAAGGUGCAGCAAUCUCCAUGCGAUUAAGGCUUAAUAUCAAAGCGAAUGCUCCAAUUGUGUUGUUUCCCAUCUCAACUGAAAGCGAGAAUGUCCUUGUGUGUAAUCUCGGAACGGUUACAGCUGUAAAUGACUUCUGUUGGCACACUGAUCUCAUUGCGAAUGAAGGGGCGCCUAAAGAUGAUGAUCCACCUCGUGAACAACCACAAAAGCAAUCAGCUUGCAAGUACUGCACAAGUGGCAUUUGGUGGAGUGAUGAAUACAGCUCAAUUUCCUCAAAAGAUGUAAUGACUCAGGGCUUCUACUAUGGUGAAACUGAAAAUGCGGCUGAAAACAUUGCAAACUCGCCUUGUCUUCUGGAUCGUAUUCAUCUCAGUUUAGAUCACAUUGAAAUAUAUUGUGGUAAACGAUACAACGUAGAGGAUGUCGUGGACGCUACUAGUUCACGAAUGCUUAACUUCGGAACCUUCUGUAUAAUUCCUGAAGCAGCCGCCUUGACAGAACCUUUUGGACUUACAGUAUUGGUUGAAAGAAAUUUGUGUGGGGCAAAAGAUUUACACGCAGUACCUGAUUGGCGUCUCUCAGCUCGUCUUUGUACUGCAGCGCCGAUUUGCAUUGGGCUACGAGAGUACAGGAUUUUGAGAGGUAUUCUUGCUCACAAUAUUGGUGGAUCGUCAAAUAACUCUGUCAGCAGUGUCGUAGGUUGUGAAUUAUCUGGAUGGAAUGCUGCAUCAAAGGCAUGUUGGUUAAUUGCUAUUUCUAUUGAACUGAACCGGGGAGCUAUCUACACUCGCCGGCCCUACCGUACUUUCGCCUUCACUUUUGAUCUUGAAGAUGUUUCCAUUUGCCUCUCAGUUCCAUCGGAUUGGGCUUCACAACGUCAUCUCAAGGAUAAUCUUCCCAAAAUGGCCCCAUUCUGUCGUCUUGAUUUGGCGAAAUCGCGUCUAACUUACGAUAGCUACUCUUGUGGCAAAUAUAUCAUCGAUCUCGCAUGCUCCGUUGCCACUUUUACUGAUACGCGUUUUGAAGGUUUACCAGAGCCUCAGAAUUGUUUCCCGGUUAUACUCUCUGCUCUCUCAAAGCCCCAAAAUAAUAUCGAUGGAUGUUUAUCUGCAUCUUCUCCACAGUUCCGCGUGACUCAAGUUGUAACUCCGGUUGGUACCGCUGAUGCUUCUCGAGGUAAUAUAAUCACCACAUCGACCACUAGUAGUAUGACUUUUAAUCUGCGUUCAAUGAGGCUUAUUCUCGCUCUUGAUUGGUUAGCUGAUUUUUAUCGUUUUCUAACAACUCAACCUAUUCAUCCAUCGUCUUCUACCAUGAAUUUGUCUAAUGAGCCAUCUCAAAAGCGUGAAUCGAAUGUUAAGCCUAAUAAUGAAGCAUGUUCUCAGUUCCGCAUUCCGCAGGCCACUUCAGAUCUUCGCGUGUUUAGCGAUCAGACAGAGUUUGUCCUAAUGGAGAAUCUGUCUCAAGCGGACACUAAUGUUGCUGUGCUUACGGGUGCAAUGUGCUUCUUAUUGCGUUCUGGCGGCUCAUUGAGUCAAGCUUUGAUGCAUCUCUGUCUCCAUGGUGUCGGCUUACAUACACUCCAGGGAUUUAUCGAAAGCUCGCGGGCCGUUAUUGUCGAACCUACAGAUCUCACAGUGGCCUUGUUGCCUUAUCAAGUUAUUAACAAACAUUCAAGUCUUCGCUCUACUUCUGCUGGGCUUCAAGAUCUGGUAACCCCUCGAGCCAGUCUUGAAAUUCAAACGUCAACACUUCGAACUCAUUUUUCGUACACCGAUGGCCUUCUCUUCUUUGAUCUAUUGAAUUCAAUUCACGAACAAGCUGUCUACGCCUUUGGUGGAAAUGAAAAGGAUAAAGCUGUUAACCCUAUCCUUAGCACUGCUUAUGACGCCUCGAUUGCCAGACUUGUAGAAAUGGGAUUUUCAGCGGAGGAUGGUUUGAAGGCUUUGCAAUCGACUGAUGGACAGAUCGAUGCAGCUAUUGUGCUUUUGGCAUCUCCUUCUAAGCCUCCAAAGAUUAAUGAAAUCUCUACCUUCAAUUCACCAAGAUCUCUGCUUGUUCGAUUCUUAAGAGAUUUAGUUGAUCAGUUGACUCCGCAUAUCUCAGAGAUUAGUUUUCAUUCUGGAUUCUCCCUGUGCCUUAUCGAUGAUUGUAUUGACGCUGAUGUUCCUUUGGCUAAGAUCCAAGUUUCAGACAUAUCGUUAAAGUGGAAUCUAACUGGUUGGGCCAUAGGUCGAGUAAUGGGUCGAUUGUCCGCUAACUACUACAAUCGUGAUCUCUCUGCUCUUGAGCCUGCAAUUGAACCUUUCUUGGGGGUUUGCGAUUGGCGACUGCGCUCAGAUGACCCGUCGAAAGGCGACUGUGCCAUCAUUGAAGUUCAUUCUCCGGACACUAUCAAUAUCAACUUGACAGUGGCUCUUGUCCGUCUCACAAAACUAGUUUUGGCAAAGAUGAAAUCAUCUCAACUAACCCGACGUAGACUCCGAACUCCCUUUAUUCCCUUCUGUCUCUGCAAUAAAACUGGUCAAACGCUUCGCUUCAAGAAAGUCGUCUCUGCAGCCCUUACAUUACCUCCAUCGUUCUCUGUGUCUUCACCUAUGAAUAGUAGCAAGGAAUUUGCGGAUUGGACUCUUGUAGAACCGGAAGCUUCUGUUCAACUACCUUUCCAGUCCCCUCUUGCUGCUACUGGUAGAGGUCAAAGUAGAGUCGACGAUCGAGAAGGGACCAGAGUUCCUCUUCUACUCAUUCAAGUUGAGGGUUGGUCUUCAGCUUAUCCAAUUACUUUGGAUAGGCUUGGUGUUUUCUCGCGAACUAUUCGUCUGCAGCAAAAUGCGGAUCCUCAUUUGGCUCCAGCGACUCGCCUUGUGAUCGAGAUCGUUCGUAGAGGUUCCGCUCAGAAUUUAAUAAUUGUCAGAUCAGGCUUAACUGUCACAAAUCGUCUUUCACCACACCUUGCAGUUGAAGUUGGGCUAGCACAUCUUCCAACAUCUCCCACCAUACCUCCCACCUCAGUAAUAGAAAGUGGUCUUCGAGUGGCCUUUGGGAAGACUGAGGCUCUACCCCUCUCUUUGGCUGCACGUCGAGAAAACGGUGAACGCCUCUGUUUCCGUCCCGUAUUGAUUGGUUCAGGUGAUCUCUCACAGUCAUCUGUUCUCUUUGAAUGGUCCCACCAGAUCACCUUUGAUAUCUCAAAGGAGGGAGGGGGAAUGAAAUUUGUCACUUCCUUGGGCGAAGCUAUGGAUUGGCGGCGUCUUUCCAAACCUGGGGAGUUCAAUGAAUGUGCAAUGUCCUGUCGUUGCUUAAAAUCAGAUCGAAAGGUUGGCCUCUAUUCAACUACUUUAAUUUUACCUAGACGCCCACCUAAUUUACUCUCUAAAUUCCAGUUCUCUUCUCCUUGGCAAUUCUGCCUUACUGCUGUUCGUGAUGCUUUCCCUCCCGAUCCUGCUUUUCGUGAAGCGUCUGUGGUCCUACCUGGUCAUCACUUGACUUUGGGCCCAGUUCUGCGUGUUGUCAAUCUGCUGCCCUGUGAGAUGACGUUCUUCCUUGAAGGAACAUCUAUUCGUUCUCGACUGCCACCAAAUAAAGCAACGUCAGUUUUCGAAAUCAGCUGUUCGGAUGUUGUGCGAUUCGGGGUACAUCUUGAGAACUUCCAGUUCUGUGAAACUAUCCGUAUACCACCAGCCACUUUCUCGGAUACAAUUUUAAUAAAUCUUUAUGAUCAAUAUAAACGAGUACUGCAGUUGAAGGUAAUUCAUAUCACUGAUUUAUGA